UACACCACCCAGUAAUACAAGCAAUAAAAAUAGCUCCUUUACAUAUUCAAUCAACUCAACCUCACAACGAUCCAAUACAAAAAUUUGAUUGCAACACAUAAUAAAUGGGGGACAAUAUGUGCCACCCAUCUACUAUUAUUUCAGCUACGCUGGUGAUUGCCUGCAAUUUGUUAUUUAGCGCUGUUACACCGGCGUAUGCGCCAACAGUGCGGUCGAAUUUGGAGAUUGUCAAGCAAUGGAAAUUAUUCUCUUUCGAUUUUCCACCACUGGCGCCAGUCUCCGAUACAAACUACUACAACCAGGUGAAUGUGGUGCCAACGAGUAUGACGGUCGCAUAUGAUCGCAUUUUCAUUGCCACACCCAAGCUGUUUUCUGGCGUGCCUGCAACGGUUAGCUACAUAUCGAAAUCGGACUACAGCGAGUCGCCAAGUUUGCAAGCCUAUCCCGACUGGUCGUAUACUGUUAGCGGCCGUAACAGUUUCAAUUGCAGCGAUCCAUAUUUGGUUUCAGUAUAUCGCAUGCGCAUAGACUCUUGCAAUCGUUUGUGGAUCUUAGAUGCCGCAGUUUCGCGUACUUUUGAAGACUCCGAACAAACGUGUCAACCGAAAAUUUUAGUGUUCGACUUGAGCACAGAUCGAGUGGUCAAGCGUAUUGACAUCCCAAAAGAUGUAUUGCGUAACCAGUCGAUACUCGUAAAUUUAGUGAUUGAUGAAACAACUUCUACUUCAGGAACAUGUGAUGAUGUCUUUGUUUAUAUUGCAGAUACCGUGAAACCUGCCAUUAUUGUUUACGAUGGAGCUCGUGAUAUGGUUUGGCGUCUCUCCCAUCCUGCUAUGUGGCCCGAUCCAGACUUGGGAUUGGUACAAGUACUAAACGAUCGCUUUUUCAUAAUGGAUGGCAUUAUUGGGUUGGCUUUGGAUACAGUAAAUGGCAUACUCUAUUUCCAACCAUUGGCUACCGAUCGUAUCUUCUCAAUAACAAAAGAUGCGCUUCGUGCAGGCCCACGACGAUUGCAUGAUGUACUACCAAUCCGCUUCCUGGGCAAGAAGUCUUCCCAGGGUCUACCACUCUACAUAGCGCCACAAGAUGGUAGUCUCCUAUUCAGUCCCGUCACUGAAACGGCAAUUGUGUCUUGGAAUCCGCAAACAAAUAAGCAGGCUGUUCUUUCCUACGAUGCAGAUGCACUACAAUUCGUUGCCGAUAUUAGCGAUUCGCCAUGGGAUAAUGGUGUGGUUUAUGCUAUGUCCUCAAAGUUCAAUCGCUUCACAUUAGAAACAGUUAACCGACAAGAGAUAAACUUCCGAUUGAUGCGGUUUAAAUAUCCCAGUGCAAGUGCAGUGACGUCACAAACCCUCUUCAAACCAUCUGAUCCCAUUAGAAGUGAUCUUUAUACGAAUGGGCAGCGUUUGAAUGCUUUGAAUGAUACAGUUUACACGCGUGGCGAUGAGCGAUCAGUGCCAUCUCCUAGUGUAGUCUACAAUUUGGAACAAAAUGCAAAAGUUUAUCAACUGCAUGGCAUACGAAAUGGACUACAUACCUUCAUGGGAAAUAGUGUGCCAGCAGUGACGAAUGGUUUUCCGCUCGGACUUAGUUAUAGCUAUAGUUUGGAACAUGGCGGCAAUUAAGUGGCGCCUUUGCGAGUAUUAAACUUGGCGGCUAACAGGUUAUUGUUAGGAGCUCGUGAAGUGCAACCAAUUGAUGUAAAUAUGUGUAUGAUUAGAAGUCGUAUUUGGUAUUUUGUAAAUAUUUUUUUAUGGUUAUAUGUAGUUGAGAUUUUUUUACGUGAAUUUGUAUAAUUAGCCACAAAUUAAAAUGAAUUUAAUAAAAUUUUUAAAACAUUACAAUA